GACGUUCCGGACGCCGGCGCGCAAUUUGACUGGUGGAUUACAGGGGGCCAUGUGGAACACCGAGCACUGCGGCUACCAACACCAGCACCAAGCUGCGAAUACGGGGGGAAGCUCUUUCUGCGCCAGUAAUUUCUCCCUGCAAUGUAAGCGCUGAGGCGUCAGAUCAAUGAAACUUCGCCUGGAGCUGUGCCCCUCACUCGCCCCCUGCUUUCAGCAGUGCCUGCGUCCGCCGCGCUGCGCCGCAGUCCGGCGAUUGGGACACCUUGCGUAGCCGAAUGUCGUUACAUGCGUACUUUACAGUUCUACACAUGCACACGUCAUUUCUUUCACGUAACUUUGACGACUUGCCGCGUGUCGUAUACAUUCUCUGGUCGGCUCUGUUUUCUCAAUUCACCAAGUAGUGACGGACGCAAGCAUCAGGUGAUAGCGCGACUCGUACUGCACAGCUGCGUGCGAGUGGGCUCAUCUCUGUCAGGAGUUCCCAGACGUCACAUCGCCCGAGUGCUACCAUACUGCGGUUCUGCUAAUAGAUGAAUACGUAACAUAGACGCGCAGAGGCGUUUAGAGCUUCUAUAACAGUACUUUCGAUUAACGCGUUUAUCAAAGUCUUGAUAUUUCACUAUGCCUUGCCCACGAGUAUGAUUAGUAUUUGCCUAUGGCAUCACAUGUUUUGAAUGAUAACACGAGAUACUCAGGCAGCCAGCCUCGCGAGCUGUAAGGAGGAGGAGGCGCCUGUAAAGCCUGUCGAGAGCCCUGACAAAGGCAUAGCGCUCCUCAGCCAUGGCGCACUGCCUCAAGCACAAGGGCAACUACUCGGAUGAGUUCUGGAUGCACAGCUUCAAGGUGAUUCCGUGUACCAAGACCUACGCCCACUCCUGGUCCAGUUGCCCCUGCGCCCACCCCGGCGAGACCGCUCGCCGGCGCGACCCAAACCUCUUCAACUACCAGCCGGUGCUGUGCCCCAACGUCAAAUCGAAGUCGGGUUGCGUAGCUGGCGAUGCUUGCGGCUACGCUCACAACGUAUUUGAGCAAUGGCUGCAUCCGCAACGCUACAAGGCGCUCAUGUGCACAUACGGCUCGCAGUGCACCCGCCCCUCCUGCUUCUUCGCGCACAGCCUGGAGGAGCUGCGUGUACCCUGGAAGCCCCCGGGCGCACAGGGCGGCGGCGCACAGGGGCAGCAGCCGGGCGACGGGGGGCUGGGCGGCCACAGCCAGCAGCAGCAGCAGCAGCAGCAGCCGCACUUGGGCAGCGGGCCCAUGGGACUUGCAUCGCCGCAGCCGCACCAACUGCAGCGUGGCGGCGGCGGCGGCGGUGGUGGAAUGGGCGGCGCCGGACCGGACAUGGUUGAGGUGAUGGGGCCGGGCGGCGCGGCGGCGGCCGCGGCGGCGGCGGCGGCGGCCGCGGCGGCGGCGGGCGACGUUGGGCCGCCGCGAAUGAUGAUGAUGCCUGGUACGGCUGGGGCGCAGGCGCAGCAGCUGCAGCAGCUGCAGCAGCAGCUGCAGUUGCAGCUGCAGUUGCAGCACGGGACUGGCGGUGGCGGCGGCGGCAGCGGCAGCGGCAGCGGGCAUGCGAUGGUGGACGUGCGGAUGGCGACAGGGGAACCAGGCACCGGCUCCACCCAGCAAGCGCAGCAGCAGCAGGCACUGCAGCAACAGCAACACCAUUUUCAACAACAACAGCAGCAGCAGCAGCAGCAACAGCAGAUCAUGCAGCAGCAACAGCAGCAGCAACAACAGCAGCGGCGGGGUGGUGGUGGUGCGGGGCCGGGGCUGCAGCAGAUGCAAGGCACCAUAUCCUCACGGUCCAUGCAGCGCCUGCCCAGCGGCGGCUUUGGCAUUCUGAACCACGGGCCCGUUCAGGGGCCCGACGGCGGCGGCGGAGGCGACUCAGCCACGCUGAUGCAGCUCGACAGCGCAUCCCUGUCACUGCCGCUGCUGGGACAGCACGGCAGUCAGCACGGCCUCUCCGGGCAGCUGCCGCGCACCUCCGCCGCCGGCGGUGGCCUGUACGGCUCGACCCAUCUUGGUGGCGGCGGCGACGACGCGACGGCGGCGGCCAUGGCGGCGGCGGCGGGCGGCGGCGGCGGCGGCGGCGGCGGCGGGCUGCCGGUGCUUGGGUCCGAGGCCAGCUCUGCCACCUCGCUCUUCACGCCCACGGGUGCGCAGCUGUCGGCUGGUCUCAACUCACAGCAGCAGUUCCUGGCGUCAAUGGGCAUCUUUGUGGGCCCGGGUGACGGAGGCGCCGGCGGCGGCGGCGGCGGGAUGCGUCAGCUUCCGUUUGGCGCGCCGCCGCAGCUGCAGCAGCAUCUGGCGCAGCUGCAGCAGCUGCAGCAGGCGCACGCGCAGGCGCAGCUGCAGGCCGCUCAGCACCAGCACCAGCACCUGCAGGGGGCAGCAGGCGGCGGCGGUGGUGGUGGUGGUGGGCAGCAGCAACAGCAGCGCCUGGCUCCGCCCCUUUCGCCUUCUGGCAUGCGGCGUGAUGGGACUGCCAGCGGAGUCCCCAACUUCCACUCCCAACAGCUCCAGCACCCGCAGCACCAGAGCCACCAGCAUUACGCCUUUGCGCAGAGCGCCGGUGGCGGCCCCGCCGGCGCUGGCGGCCCGAGUGUUUCGGGCUCGGGCACGGCCGCCACGGCCGCCACUGACUAUUCCAUGCAUGGCAUGGGCUCCUCUAGCCUCCUAGAGUUGACUGAGGAUGGGGAGCAGUCGGGUGCGCUGAGCAACUGGACGCUCACGGGGCCGCGCGACUCCCUUGCAUCGAUGUCCCAGCACGGCAUGGCCGGCCCCGGCGGCGCCUUCGUCGGCGUCGCGGGCUCCGGCCCCUUGCCCAGCCCGCACCCGCAGCACCAUACGCAGGGCCCUGCGAGCCAGUCCUCGAGCGGCAAGCUGCCGAUGCUCUCGGGACAGAGCGCGCCGCAGCAGCCGGGCGGCGGCGGCGCUGGCGGCGGCGGCGGCGGCGCCGCCGCCGCUGGCGGCUUGGUCCGGCUGCACAGCGGCAGUGUUGCUUCCGGCGACCUGGCGAGCGCGAUGGCGGAGCAGCAGCUGCGGCAGCUGCAGGUGUCGGUGUCGCAGGGCCGCGGCUCCGCCAGCAGCAUCGGCGCCGGCAGCGGUGGGCAGGACGCGGCGGCGGCGGCGGCUUCGGCGGCGGCGGCGGCUGAGCUGAUGGCGGGCGGCCUGAGCGACGGCGCCGGGUCGCAGGUGGGCAGCCUGCAGGGGGGCGCAGACGGCGGGCGGCAGAGCCUCCGCCGCCCUGGCUUCUCGCCUACGCCCGGCAGCGGCAACAGCGGCAACAGCGGCAGCCGUCUGCUUCUCCGCACCAGCAGCAACAGCCACAGCGCCAUCAACAAUAAUAAUAGCAACAAUAUUAGCAGCAGCAGUGGCACCAGCCUUGCAGUGGACCCCGAGAUUGAGACGCUGCUCCUCAACUCGCUGCAGCUGCAGCUGAGCCACGCGGGCGUGUCGGGCCACGCCGCGCUGGCGGCCUUCUCCGCGCGCGACUGGCUGCGCGCCGCGCUCCAGGGGCACGGCGCCGCCGCCACCCGCAGCCUGCUGCUCGACCUGCUGGCGGCCUACAUGCCCCCCGAGCAGCUGGGUGUGGUCCGGCGCCUGGUGGAGUGUCUCGACGAGGCGGGCGCGCUGCUCAGCUGCUUCGCACCCGGCGGCGUCAUGGCCGGCGGCGGCAGCGGCGGCGCAGCUGGCGGCGGCGGCGCGGGCGGCGGCGGCGCGGGCGUGGGAGCCGGAGCCGGGGCGCUGGGUGCUGCGGGUGCAAUGGACGCGCCGAGGCCCGGCAUAGGCGCGGGCGCGGGUGCAGGCGGCGGUGUGGGUGUGGGUGUGGGUGCGGGCGGCGCCGCGCCCGGGCUGGCAGGCCAGCAGCAGCAGCUGCUGCCGUCGGGCGCGGCCGGAACCUUGGGUACCGGCAUGUGAUGAGGCGGGUCCGCAACUGGGCGCGCGCUUGUGCCAGGCAUAGGCUUUGCCGGGCGUAGAUGCUGUGGGCGUGCGUGCGGGUGUUGCGUCGAGCAUGUGACUAAAGGACGGGGUACGGGGUAUGGCAGGGGGGGCGGGGAGGGGGGAUUCAUACCCCAUAGCAAUACUACAGCAUCUGCCGGCUGGGUCGGGGGCGGUUGCAUCCUAUUGCGGUGCUUCGCGCGACAGGGCGUUAAGGGGAAUACGGCCAUUUUGUUAUCGUGCAUCUGUGGCGAGUAAAGCACAUGUUCUUUCCUCUCCACAGUUCGUAUGCGAGCGGUCCUUGUGAUGAGGGGCGCCGUAUGUUCUGCUGGUUUGCCAAUGCCAUGAUGAAGUUCGCUAAUGCUCAACAUUUGCGUUGCGUCUGCGCCGUCGCGGGGGUCACGAUUAGCGAUGGCUCGUUCACACGCGCACGCACGCAGGCCGCUGCUGCCGCCACAUUCAAUGGCAGGCAGGGGCGCGGCGGGUGUGCCACACGUGGCAUGCACGGCACCGCUGCCUGCCUUUGUCGCCGCAGCGUGCCCGCACUGAAUGCACAAAGCGAGGGGGUCUGAACAAUCACACUUUGCGGCUCAUCGUCAGAAUCAUUAUCAUGCUGCAUAGAAUAGAAGUCCUUCUGCAUCUAAUUCGUUGGGCGCUGCUGCGGCCUUGUGGGGUCUCAAUGAAGGGCCGGCCACAAAGAGAGCCGAAACCCACUCGGUCACGGCCAAAUGGCCCGGCCCAAGAGCCAAAUGCUGGAAACGGUUGCUAGCGAUUAUGGAGGGCUUUCUGACAAUGCUGCAGUGGGCUUGCCAGGCAUGGCGCAAUGCGUUGGCUUCACGGAUUCCAACUACCGGCAAGGAAAGUGGGUGUUUAUAUUAUUGCUGAUGCCACGUGGCUGUCCUGCCUCCACGCUUGCAAGCCCUCGGGAUGCGUGCUGGCCGUGUGGUUGUCGCGCUGGGCUGGGCCGCAGACACGAACCUUGCAUGCACUUUGGUGCGGUACGCAUCGAGCAUGGAGUCGAUUGUCUGCCUGUGCAAUUGCGGGAUUGAUCGCAUGUCAUGAACUGGCAUGAUAUUUGGUCCCGGCAUGAGAGCUGAUGCAGUGCUGGAAAACGAUUGCGAACAGCUCACGCGAUGAUAACUUUAUGAGGCGAUGUGACGCACGUGGUGGCAGUGCGGCUGCAGACAUCAAGUAGCUGUGUGUACGGCUGCUGCCCAUGGCCGCCUUGGAUGCGAUUUGCUGUGCGUGUGCGCUUGGUUUCACAAGGUCACAUGGUAUUUAGAAACGCGAACAUGCGGCAUUUGCUGAAGAUCUAAUCUAGGAGUGCUGCAAGCGAGGGAUUUUACUCGUGUCUCCACUUGAGGGUGGAGGGGAGGGGGGAGACGGCGGCGCGACAUGAGAAGGCAGAAGGGAGGUGAGAGAGGCCGGAAGGCGCAUUGCUCAAGGAUGCAGUUUGAAUUCCGCCAUUCGCUGUAGGUGAGAAACGCUGUGUGGUGGCAAGGCUAGGAGCAAGGACGCAGCGAACUGCCAACAGGGUGCAAAACAUUGUCACAGACCCGAAUUCAAAACUUCGCAUGAGGCAAGCACAUAAUAGGAAGGACGGAGUUUGACCGGAACAUGUAUGGACCGUGUGUGGAUGGGGGCUUGCUUUGGUAACCAAAGCGCAUGCGAAGUGCCGAAGGUCGAAACGCACGCAUUCUGGAACUGGGGGGUCCCAUCACCCGUUGCAAGUUGUACGCUGCUGCAUGGAGGUUGGGUGCGUGAAUGCGCUGCCGUGUUUCCUGGGACAUGCGCGUGGGCGACAGGUCGUGCAGCCAGCUUUGCUUAGGGGGGCUUUGUCGCGAGUGCUUCAUGUUGACUUACCGUACGGUACGGUAUGCUAUCAUAGUUGUUGUUCCUUUCAUUAUUUAUGACGAGCUGCCACACACGUUAAAGGGGCACGCCGGUAUGGCUGAUAUAGGUGUGGCAUUACGAAAGCACCAGCCUACAGGUUUUCCCUCGGUCGUCCAUGCUGGACGAGCAUGUGUCUGGCGGCAAAGCCAAUGGGAAGUGACCGUGUGGGAGGCAGUGGAAAAAGAAUCCUGGAUUGCGACAGCAGACGCAUAUGAUCUCAACCCUAAAGUACGGGGAUUGGGUCCAAUGCCCACCUUCUGUCCCGAACGGGCGCAGUUGUGGCCGCACGAUGGGAGCGCUGCGGGUAGCCCGGUGGGAGGAUGCCUUGUGCGUCUCCGCCAUGGGUGUUCAGUCUUUGAGCUUUAGGCAUUUUUUUACGGGGGUGUAGCAUGCUAGUGCGUUAUGCUAGCGAGGAGGUUUUGUGGGGCAUCGCCAUGGUGGAAUGCCCUUGCCGAAAUGCUGGCCGUAGCCUAGUUUUUGCGCGUUGCCACAUAUAUGCUGGCUGGCGGUGCCGCAUGCGCCGAGGCCAUGUUAAGGACUCCAACCACCAGGAGUUACGGCUGCGCGCCUGCUUGUUUAGGACAUGUUUUUGCGCGCAUUCACAGAACUCAGGUUACAUGGGCAGGGGGUCGAUGGCGCUGAACUUGUAUGCACGUGUGUGCCUAGACACAUCAGGAGGGAACUUGUGUGUGUGUGUGUGUGUGUGUGCGUGCAUUCUCCGGUACUGAUGAUCGCAUUUUAGGAUUUCGUUAGUUAUACAUAUGGCAUCACAUGAGACGGCUGGUGUGCGCGAUGCUUCUGAGGGAACAGGAAUUGUUUACGUGCGUGCGCGCGGUCGAGUUGGUCGUGGAUGAAACACAGCAGGGCGCACGCCACGGUGCGCUAAAUAAUAGUGCGGUAGAGUACUGCACGUGAUAGGCUUGCCUCCUCCUGGCUUCUGGCCCGAGCAAGGCACCGUAACUCAAGAACGGCAGCCGCCCCCAUUUUCUUUUGGAUUCUGUC